GUUGCUUGAAAGUUGAAAGGGGGACGCGAUCACGUGCUGAAGGUCACUCAAAACAAUCAAAGUCAUUACACUCACUUUCAACAUAUUCCCCCAAUAUUCGAUUUUGGCUGAAAUCCGCUAAAGUCAACUAGCUGCUGCCGACUCGGUGAUCCGUGCCCCGGGGAUGCACAAACGCGUACGGUCCAUUCUUGCAGCGUUCAUUCUCUUGUACUCCGCCGCCGCCGAACUCGCUUCGAGGAAUUCUAGUUAUCCUCCACAUGUUGGGAAGCGAAUGCAGGGCGGUUUACACUUGCCCUUGAGCCGGAGGCUUAUUCCCAAACGGAUCACGCUUGGCGCGGAUACCGGCGUAGCGGGACUUGGCGAUUUCUUCGACGUCACGUACAGCGUCCUCAUAGAUAUCGGUGGCACAUCCUUGCCUGUCGUCCUAGACACGGGUUCCUCGGAUUUGUGGGUUCUGUCCAAUGUAUGCCAGGGAACAUGCUCUUCAGCAGAUACGGCUCUUUACCCACCGAACACGUUCCAUGGUAUAGGCCUGGAUGCUGCCCUCGUGUACGGCGAUUCAAAGACUGGGACGUAUGCGAGAGGGAUGAUUGGAUAUGAUGCGGUGUCACUGGCGGGUCUUACUUUGCAGGAUCAGUAUUUCGCGGCGAUCAACGAUACCAAUACGUCUGUGGCUCAGACUCGGUGCUCUGGGAUCUUCGGGCUUGGGUUUCCUCUCAAUAGCGUGAUCUGGACCGACAUGUUCCUGAACCAACAACAGAUCUCGAGACCGCGAAAUCUUCGUGGUGAUGUAGUUUCGCGUAUCGCUGCUAUGCGGAAGCGCUGGUUUGACAAGUCCGUCCUUGGAAUUUCCUCGUUUCGACAUAUCGAUCCUCCCUCUUACCAGUCUAUGCCUCAGCUGAAACGUCAGGUGACGGCCUCGUCUGCAAUCGUUUCUUCUUUUAGAGUAUCCGGUCCAUUUAUUCCUCGCCUUGUUUCGCUCGGAGGGCUUGCGUCGCCCAUGUUCGCGAUUGCGCUGCAGCGAGAUACAAUCGAGAUUGGAGGGAACGAAGGCAUGCUCUCUAUAGGUGGACUGCCAUCUGGGGUCCAAAAUGAGAGCCUGACGUGGGUUCCUGUGCGCCAAUAUACGCUUCAACAAGAAGGCUUGACACAAGAUGCUUCUCUUGAGGCGUAUCCUGUUGCUUGGGAGAUUCCGGUAGAUGAUGUCUUUCUUGACGGCGUGAAACUUCCCCGGUCGCAGUUGUGCUCUAGUAAUAUCUCGUUGUCAGCGCUGAUUGACACAGGCAAUUCUUUGAUUCGAGGUCCGCCUGACGUCAUUUCGUAUAUCCAGAACAUGCUGGGGGGACCUCACUUUGCCUGUUCAUCUCCUCAUACACUGGCAUUUCAGAUCGGUGGUCGCAUGUUCCCCGUCGACCCGAGAGACCUCGUGAAUCAAGUGCGCUCCGGAGACGCACAAGUGUGCGGGGCGAAUCUUGCGCAGACUGAUGUGCCUGUUCUCGGUGGGGGUGGAUACCUGUACAGCUGGAGUCUAGGAGAUCCGUUUCUGAAAGGCGUGCUCGCAGCGUUCUAUUAUGGUUCUUUCACAGGACUUUCGCAAGACCCUCCACGGAUCGGGUUCCUGUCUACCGUUCCUUCUGAUGCCGGUCAACGUUUAGAGGAUGCUGUUUCAGCAGCAUCUGCAGAACAGUAUGAUCUUCCUGGAACGAAAAUGUUGCCGCCAUCUUCCCUUUCUUCUCCACUGAGCACCGGAAUUGGGGGAAUUGCUAUGGCAUCUUCUUUUCCUGGAUCUGCUCAUGGUAUAAGCGGGAGCAACCAAGCUGGGCAGGUAAAUAGUGCACGAGAGCGCAUGCAGGUGGGCCCCGCCGCCACUUUGUGGUGUUCAUUCUUCACUUUAGCGAUGUGGACAUUUUCAAGAAUGUUCGCAUGAACGUUAUGAGCAAUUCGCAUUUCAAGUUUCUUCCAUUUGUAUCAUGUAUCCCGCAUUUGAUAUACUGUAGCCCUAUCUACCCGCAUACGUUUUUUAUUUCAUUUGGCUACCAGUGACGUUCAAGUUGUAUCUACUAUCGCAAAAAUGGCGCCUAUCGACCAUUAAUCGGUGGACAAACCUGUAUCAUUUCCUUUCCGAGUGCUCUGAUUUCGAUGUUUUUGGUACAUAGGUUUGUGUAGCUUAGUCAGUCACAAUGUCUAAACCGUGUUUGAUAUUGCU